AUGGUCUACGCGAAGCUUUUUCUGGUUGUCUGUGCCGGUCUGUAUUGCUUGACGCCUUGCUCAGCCUCCGUGCAAACGCCGACGCUGUCGUCAUGUUCGUCUACGCACGUUGUGGCCAUCAGCGCCGUGACCAUCGCAAAUUCCAGGGUAGGCCGAACCAUGGCCGUUAGCUACACGGGCCGACUGACGACCACGCUCAAUGAUUCUCCGGCACUGAAUUUCACAAUGACCGAGAAAACUGGAGGGGGACUGAUCCCUUGCGUCGUGAACGUGGGAUCAUGCCAGCACCAGCUCUGCGCUGGCACCAACGCGAUCGAAGUACAGAUCGGACAGCCUUGGAACAACACGUGCCCGAUCGCGCCCUUGAACUACACGAGUGGCAUUUCCAUUCCAAUAUCAUUCCUGGCGGGUGCCUUUAUCGGGAACGGAAACUUGCGCCUGAAGAUCGCUGCAAUAGAGAACGGCAGUGUCGUCGAGUGCCGGGAGUUUGACUACAAAAUCGCGCUAUAUUAG